AUGUAAGAUUUUAAAAGAACUAAACUUGAGUGUUCUUGUAAUAAUAUUUAAAUUGACUUAUAUUAGAUAAUUCUUAAAGAACAGAAGAUUUUUCAAUUAUCAAUGGACAACCAAGUGUUUAUAAAUAAUAGGAGUAAAAAAUUACAUAAUUUGAUGAACAAGCAAGUGAAAUUUCAGAAUAUUAAGAAAAGUAAAUGUUUAACUAAUCUAGUAAAUCAACAUCACUUAAAUAGCCUUUACCUAUUAUUUAACAAAAUAUUGAAAAAUCAGAAUAUGAAUCCUAAAUUUAUGAAUCAAUUGCAGAUUCAUAACCAGGAUCAGAAAUUAAAGCCCUAAUUGAAUAGAAAAAAAUAUAAGAUCAGAAACCAGUAUUAUAUUGAAUAAUAUAGAUCUAUUUAAAUAUAAUGGUUGUUGGAUAAUCAGGAUUGGGAAAAUCGACAUUUAUUGAUGUUUUGUUAAAAAAAAAACUUGGAACUGGACAAAUAAUUAGAGAUUCCACUCUUUAAAUAUAAGAAAUUUAAGGUAUCCAUCAUAUAAUAUUCAAGGGUAAAUCUAUAAUAAUGAUUUAACUUUAAAUAUCAAAUUUAUUGAUACUCCUGGCUUUAGACAUUAAUAUGGUUUACGUUCAUGGUUAAAGUUACUUUGUACCUAUAUUCAUAAUCAAUUUAAUACAUAUAAAACAAGAUAGACAUAAUAAUAUGAAAGCAAAGAGAAAUUUUAAAAAUUAUCAUAAUAAGACCUUGAUGAAAGGGUUCAUGUUUGCCUCUACUUUUUUUCAGGACCUAGAAUUUAAGCAGAAGAUCUAUAAGCCUUAAAAAAGAUUAGCGGUUUAGUUAAUGUCAUACCAAUCUUAGCAAAAGGUGAUUCAUACACAAAAAAUGAGAUUAUUCAAUUGAAAUAGUAAUUUAAUGAUUUGAUCAAUGAAUAUCAUAUCGAUUUAUUUAAAUGCUAAUGCAACAAUAGUUAUCAAGAAAAAAGUUAAUUUGGGAUGACUCCACCUUAUGUGAUAAUUAGUUCAAUUGAAUAAUUUUAAGUUGGAAAUCAUUUUAUUUAUGGGAGGUAAUAAAUAAUAUUCAAUUUAGAAAAUUUCCAUGGGGAAUUUGUGAUAUUUUUAAUCCUUAACAUUGA